AUGUCGGUAUUUACACGCUUUACAAGCAACUCGUUCAACGUCGCAGAUCCGUUUACUUGGGUCCUGAGCGCAGUAUUCACAUGUCUACCACAAUGCACAACGUCAGCCUUACAUCUAACGGGAAAACGGAAGGAGAAGAAACGGACCGCAUUGCCUAGCGUGUCUAACCAUUGGUUCUGUCGUUCCCUACCACCAGACGAGCUUUUGAGGUUACAGAAUAAUUUCGUGGAUUGAUUGUACUUUGAC